GUCUAGAGACAGGGUGUGUGAGAGAGUUGAGGGAGGGUGAAAGGGAAUGAGAGAGUGUGAGCAAGGGAGAGAAAAAGAGGGAGGUAGAUCAGGGAUAUGUGUGAAGUCAGGUCAGUCAGUCUCCUUCUCAGUCUGUGCUGCUCAGACCAUCUCUCUGGAUUAGUAAUCCUGCCCUUUGGAUUGGAUUGUUCUGGGAGUGUUUGGGAAAGAGCCUGUAUUUGAAGAAUAGGCCUGGGGCAGGGUGUCUUGGACUGGGAGCGUGUACUGACUAGUAUUUGGACUACCGAGUCGUGUCCUAUGGAGGUUCAGGUCCAGAGUCGGCCGAUGCCACCCACCAUCCCGGAGAAUGGGGCGGCCCCUGACCCUGAACCCCACACUGUUAACGGUCAUCGUCAUGCCAACAGUGGGGAGGCAGAGCUGCCUGUCUCCAAGUCUCAGAGGAGACGAAGCGAUGUCAAAGUCUACAAGGAGUUCUGUGACUUCUACGCACGCUUCAACAUGGCCAAUGCCCUGGCCAAUGCGAUGUGUGAGCGCUGUAAGAGUGGCUUUGCCCCGGCGGAGAAGAUCGUCAACAGCAACGGGGAGCUGUACCAUGAGGGGUGCUUCGUCUGUGCUCAGUGCUUCCAACAGUUCCCCGAAGGUCUCUUCUAUGAGUUUGAGGGCAGGAAGUACUGCGAGCACGACUUCCAGAUGUUGUUUGCUCCCUGCUGCCACCAAUGUGGGGAGUUUAUCAUUGGUCGUGUGAUCAAGGCGAUGAACAACAGCUGGCACCCUGACUGUUUCUGCUGUGACCUCUGCCAGGCCGUACUGGCUGACGUAGGCUUCGUCAAGAACGCCGGCAGACACCUGUGUCGCCCGUGUCAUAACCGUGAGAAGGCCCGUGGUCUGGGGAAGUACAUCUGUCAGAAGUGCCACGCUAUCAUCGAGGAGCAGCCGCUGCUGUUCAAGAACGACCCCUACCACCCCGAUCACUUCAACUGCAACAACUGCGGUAAGGAGCUGACUGCUGAUGCCAGGGAGCUGAAGGGAGAGCUGUACUGCCUGCCCUGCCAUGACAAGAUGGGUGUUCCCAUCUGUGGCGCUUGCAGGAGACCCAUCGAGGGCCGCGUGGUCAAUGCCAUGGGCAAGCAGUGGCACGUCGAGCACCAUGUGUGUGCUCUGUGUGAACGUCCGUUUCAUGGCCACCCGUAUUAUGAGCGUGGGGACCACACCUACUGUGAAAAACACUUUAACAUGCUCUUUGGAGAUGUCUGCUACCACUGCAACCGUGUCAUUGAGGGUGAUGUGGUGUCAGCCCUGAACAAAGCAUGGUGUGUGAACUGCUUCUCCUGCGCCACCUGCAACACCAAGCUCACCCUAAAGGAUAAGUUUGUAGAGGUGGAUCUGAAGCCUGUGUGUAAACACUGCUACGAGCGCCUGCCAGACGACAUGAAGCGCCGUCUUGCCAAACAAGAAAAAGAAAAGAAGAAGAAAAUGCCCAUGUGUCUGUAAACCCCUGUCCUUCCUUUCUCCUCACUUCCACUUUCCAUUCAUUGGAACAAGUUUGUGGAGUUUGACAUGAAGCCGGUGUGUAAGAAGUGUUACGAGAAGUUUCCUCUGGAACUUAAGAAGAGGCUGAAGAAGC